AUGAGUAAGGCACGUUGUGAAAUAUCCGUAUUCGUUUACAAUUCUUCUCCAUCUCUGUCGAUCUUCAUGAGUUCAACGUCGAACUUGAGCACCGCAUUGGCUGGAAUCUUUGGUGGGGCUCCACGCUCUCCAUAUCCGAGUAAUGAACCUGCUUACCAUUCCUUGUCCGAGAGUGAAAGUGAAUUCUUCAUUGCGAGUACGGCUGGAAUCGAACUCAGUUCCGUCAAGGAGAGUUCCGGUGUAGUGCAUGUGAAGUUGAUCUCCCUUUCUUAA